AUGAGGCAGUGGUGGACUCCACUCAUCGUUGUUUACCUGUCCUUCUACCUGGCAGCCACUCAGCACCACAGGAAAGCUCUGUAUCCAUCUGCAUAUCGGAUAAAACGCGGGACAUAUUCGCUGAUCAACCCCACGUUCCAGCAUUCAAUGGAGGAUGUCAACCUUCUUUAUGAGAUCCUGCUGGCUGGAAUGCAGAUCCAAGGCGUGGAACACACAAUGAUGAUCCCAGAUGAGGAGCUGGCCUCCCUGAGGAGAGUGGAGAAGCUGGAGGUCAUCUGUGACGACGUCCUUCCCAAGAGGCUCUCUGACAUUCGCCGUCUCACAGCGAUGCUCGCCCAGCGUCAGCAACCUCUGAGCUGGCAGGACUUUGAGCGGACUGUGCUGACCCUGGUGUACACCACUCAGACGCUCGCUCGAGUCAGCAACCAGCAGCAGAGAGAGGUGUGGACGGACGCUGUGUUACAGCUGUUCAGAGCAGUUCAAAAGGACCUCAAACCCUACUGA